AUGUCUCUAGCUGACAAAGCUCACCAAUGGGAGAAGAGCUUGCCCCAUGGCACAAUCACCACUUGGGAUGAAUGCAAGAAGGCCUUUCUUGCUAAGUUUUUCUCCACCGGUCGCACAGCCAAGCUUAGAGGAGAGAUAUCCAGCUUCAUCCAGCGAAACAAUGAGACAUUCGCAGAGGCUUGGGAGAGGUUCAAAGGCUACACAAGUCAGUGCCCACACCAUGGAUUCAACAAUGAAUCACUACUCUCCACUCUUUAUAGAGGAUGCUUGCCUAGGUAUAGGGAGAUGCUAGACACAGCUAGCAAUGGGAACUUCCUCAACCAGGAUGUAGAUGAUGGCUGGCAACUUGUGGAGAACAUGGCCAUAUCAACAGAAUGCUAUGGAGAGCACUAUGAAAGUACAGACUGGAGCUCGACCGCGCACUCGAUCGAGCUGGACGCUCAGAUGAGAAAAGACAUGCUUGCACUCAACUCGAAGAAGGGGAGGAGACAACACAAGAAGUUUGCUACAUUCAAAAUAGACAAGGAAGCUAUAGGAAUCCUCAACAAGGGCGAUACAACAAUUAUCAAGCCCCCUGGCCGCACACAACAAAGUGUUCCACAAGGCUUCAACACAAGGACUACUCAUACCCAACCAACUCAAGAUUGGGAUAUGAAGGAAAUGCUCCAACAACUUUUACAAGGGCAAGCCAAAGGUUCUCUGGAAAUGAACAACAAGCUGGUUGAGAUACACUCUAAACUAGAGUCAUUGACUUCAAGAGUCCAAAUCAUUGAGUCUUCAAGUGCAUCAUCCUCUUCACCACAAGAGUAUGCCCAAGCAGUUACACUAAGAAGUGGAGCAAUUCCCAGUAGAGGUAGCCCACCCCAAAUCGCUGUGGACAUCGAUGACGAGGAAGGGGAGGAUUUAGUCGACUAUGCUGAUAACUCGACCCGAACUCGAUCGAGCUGGAACAAAACCCUGAACCAGAACUCGAUCGAGCUGGAGAAACUGAGACACUGCAAGACAAACCAGAGCUCGAUCGAGCCAGAAGAGAGCAGACAAAGCAAACUCCAGCCAACCAGCUAA